GCAGAUGAAUCAGACCACGAAAAGAAAAAAAGGCAAAUGAGUAUUAUUUUCACUGUGCUAUUCAUAAACCCACCAGUCCACCACCCUGAUUAUAUAAGCGUCUUUCAUAGACUAAACUGAUAUCAAGGUCCCUCUAAGAUAGACCACACUGGUUUUGUUUUUGAGAGCAGAAAGUGAAUUGAAGAAAUGGAGGGUUUAGAAUCUGAGGGCAAUAGAAAUGGAGCUCCGGCAGUUUACUGUGUCACCGGAGCCACUGGUUAUAUCGGGUCUUGGUUGGUGAAGACUCUUCUUGAAAGAGGCCACACGGUUCAUGCCACAGUCCGAGAUCCUGCCAAGUGUUUGCACCUUCUAUCAUUGUGGGCCGGCACUGACCGGUUGAGAUUAUUCCGAGCUGAUUUGCAAGAAGAAGGAAGCUUCGACGAGGCUGUUAAGGGAUGCGAUGGCGUGUUUCACGUUGCAGCAUCAAUGCAAUUCAGUAUUCCUGUGGAAGAGAACAUUGAGGCUUAUGUUCAAUCAAAUAUCAUCGACCCUGCAAUCAAAGGAACCUUGGACCUCCUCAAAUCCUGUGUGAAAUCGGGUACCGUGAAUAGGGUUGUGCUUACCUCUUCUAUCAGUACUAUGACUGCCAAAGAUAGCAGUGGAAAUCCAAUCUCUGUUGUUGACGAAUCUUGCAAAACUCCAGUUGAUCGUGUCUGGGAUGAGAAAGCAAGUGGAUGGGUUUAUGCUCUUUCAAAGAUCCUCACAGAGGAAGCAGCAUUUAGAUUUGCAAGUGAGAAUGGGGUUAAGCUUGUUUCAGUAAUAACAUGUAAUGUUGGAGGACCAUUUCUUACUUCCAAUGUUCCAUCAAGCAUUCGAGUUCUUUUGUCACCAUUGACAGGUGACUCUGAGCUCUAUGGGAUAUUAACUGCUGUAAAUGCAAGAAUGGGAUCAAUUGUAUUAGUUCACAUUGAGGACAUAUGCAAUGCCCACAUUUUUUUAAUGGAGAAUAAUGCAGCAGAAGGAAGAUAUAUAUGUGCUGCCAAAAGUAUUCCAAUGUCUGAGUUGGUUCUUUAUCUAGCUCAGGCAUUUCCUUCCUCAAAUUCACAGAGAUGCAGGGUUGUGGUGGAGGAAGAACAGAAUAAUCCAGCACCCUCUGAGAUAUCUUCAAAGAAGCUAAGUGAUUUGGGUUUUAAUUACAAGCAUGGUGUAGAAGAUAUUAUUCACCAGUCAGUUUCUUCUUGUCUGGAUUUUGGCCUUCUACCUCGUACUGGAAAUUGUAACUAGAUCUGUAAAUAGACCGGAUUUGAAGCGGAUCAACCUAAAUCUUAAUCCGUUUAGUAAUAAUAAAUUUCAAUCCGACCUAAUUCGUUAACCCGGCGGAUUGUUGAAAUAUCAAUAUAAAUCUGUAUCCACCAUAUUAACAGAUACUCGAUCAACUAAUCCAAUCUGUU